CCUGCAUUGGCAGGCGGAUUCUUAACCACUGCGCCACCAGGGACGUCCCAAUAGUUGUGUUUUAAGUUAUUGGGAUAGUAGAUUAACGUGCUUAAAAAAGUGAACUGGGUGUGCUAUGGAUAUCAGUGAUAGGGUGUGAAUGGAAACGCUGAAUGCUCCUGGGAUAAGGCGGAGAGGGUUGCCUUGCUAAUCAGUCUGUACUUCCUUUGUUUUGUGAUCAGCUUCUGCCUUAGGCGAGGCCUCCUCCCUUUGCUUCUAACAGCAGCUUUAUGUGUGGAACAGACCUGGGAUUCUAACUCUUCUUUUGUUGAAAUUCUGUGCAGAGCAAAUGGCAUCGGUCCCAGACUGAGGAAUAAAAACCAGACCUGCGGUCUAUCUCAGAUGACUGAGCUGUGUGUUUACCGUGGUUCUCGGAGCCUGGGAUGUGGUGUUGUCAGUCCUGAGCCCUCACAUGCUGUCACUGCUUCAUUGUAGGCCAUUUCAGCCCUGGGCAGUGGUCAGCUGAAAUGACGAUGGUAUCUCCGGUGAGGGAGGAUGCCACAGAAGAUCAGCAGAAGGCAGCCAGUGCCAUGGAGGCACAGGCCUCGGUGGAACAGGAAUUGCUGUCUGCAGACCAGGCCCAGGUCCUCAGCAAGAUGGCCAAGUACCAUGGUCUGCCAAGGUCUGGGGACAUCGUUAUGAUCCAGUCUGAGCACACAGGAGCUGUAGAUAUUCUUUCAGCUGAUUUGGAAUCUGCAGACCUUCUGGGGGACCACAGGAGAGUCUCCCCGCCUCUGAUAGCACCUCCGUGCAUCUGGACCUUUGCCAAGAUGAAGGAAUUCAAAAGCAAGCUGGGCAAAGAGAAGAACAGCCGUCUGGUGGUGAAGCGGGGUGAGGUGGUGACCAUCCGGGUACCUACCCACCCAGAGGGGAAGCGUGUCUGCUGGGAGUUUGCGACCGAUGACUACGACAUUGGCUUUGGAGUUUACUUUGACUGGACCCCUGUAACCAGCACUGACAUAACGGUGCAGGUCAGUGAUUCCAGUGAGGAUGAGGAUGAAGAUGAGGAGGAAGAGGAGGAGAUUGAAGACCCUGUCCCAGCUGGAGACGUGGAGCGAGGCUCCAGGAGCUCCCUGCGGGGCCGCUAUGGGGAGGUCAUGCCCGUGUACCGGCGGGACAGCCACCGAGACGUGCAGGCCGGCAGCCACGACUACCCUGGCGAGGGCAUCUACCUGCUCAAGUUCGACAACUCCUACUCCCUGCUGCGCAACAAGACUCUCUACUUCCACAUCUACUACACCAGCUGAAGGCCCGCUGGGACAGGGGGCAGGCGGUGUUUGCUGGCUGGAGCAGGCUGCCAGCUGGGGCCUCUUGUUUUGGAUAGGCAAGAGCUCCCGACCCUCACGCCCUGGCUGGCGUGCCUGACUGUUGACCCCAUGUAGCUUUUCCCCCACCCAGGCUUCUGCAGAUGGUGGUAUAGUGCCCCUGUUCCGUGGUCCCUGACUCACGCUCUUCUGGCUUUAGACUCCAGCAAAAUCUCUCUGUGGAGGAAACCAUCAGGCAAAAGCCUGAAAGGAAGUUGGGUGUUGCGUUUUAAAUAUAGUUUUGUUUUGGUACAAGGUGUAUUAUUUCAGUUGCUGUUCUCUUCUCUUCCAGAGCUUUUAUUGCAGAUGUGUUUAGUGGCACCCACUCUCUUCACUUUUUGAAAGGGCUGGAAGAGAGCAAAGCACAUUGUCCAUGAAGGAGCCCAGUUUCCUGGAUGGAGAAAGCUCUGUCCAGCCUCUCACCACUGCCAUAUUCCCACCUGCUGUUUCUUUGUGGUCUCUAGCACAGGCUGGGAGCCCUCACUGCCUCUGGAGGGGUGUUAUUAGUCCUAGUGGUUUCACUCCACCUCUUUCUCUCCUCUUUUCCCUUUUCUAAGUCUGUGUCUUUGCCAUUACAGCAAGAACUUCCAUGCAAUCCAAAAUGAUGAUCACUGUAGUCUAAGGUCUUCUGGGAAGAAAAACUGCCUCCAGUUUUUCACUUCCUAUUUCAAGAUGCACUGGUGGUCGAAGGGGAAAGGGUAGAAAUUAGGUACUGGAUUGAUGUCAGAACCCACAUUUUUGAAAGUCAAGUAUUACUAAAUUAUUUUUUUUUGUAUAAUCGAAGAAGGAGGGGUACAGUCUGAGAGAGGAUGUUAAAAAAACAAAUAAAACAACACUCCAGAUUUCCCACGA